AUGAAUCAGAUUCCUUUAAUUGACGCCGGGCGCGGUUGUCGCCAAUUUUGGGACGCGGAUAACGCAUGGUUAUCCCCAUGUGCAUUGCCAUACCUCGUCAUUGCUCCGGCGAGUAUCGCUCUGCUCAUUGCAUUUGGCCAUCUAAGUGGCCCAUUAUUCCGACGAUGGAGUCCCCAGUGGACGCGUCCAUUCAUCUCAGAGUGGGAUGACCAACCAGACAUCCCUUCUGAAGGGCCGAAACGAUCUCUUCAAUGGACCGUUGCUCUUUUGGCCUUUUCAGCCAUCGGUUUAUCAGGGGAAAUUGUGCAAUGUUUCCCUCCGAAAGUCGACCUUCCUUCGCUGGUACUUGUCGCAUCAUGGGCGGCAAUAUGCGUUCUCAUCGCUGUCGAACGACCAAGAUCAUGUUCUAUCUGGAUGCUGGCAUAUUUCAUCUUGACCUUUGUGGUUGAGAUAAUACUAGCAGCGCAUAAUGAUGCUCGUCCGAGAGUGAAAGUCAUUGCCUGUUACAUUUCUGCCAUAGCAGCCUUGGCGGCUUCUUCUACAAUCCUGCUGAUGCCAUUUCGAAAGGACUCUUUCCCAGGAUCUGGGAUCAGUGCUGUGGGGGAAGCGCCAUCCAGCAUGCUUCGUAGCCCAGAAGACAACCUACGGCUCUGGCAGUUUCUUACAGUCUCGUGGAUGGCGCCCCUUAUCUCCCUUGGCCGGAAAAGGCAGCUCAAUGAGCCCGAUGUCUGGUUUCUUGGAUUCGAAUUUCAGCAUAAGCGCCUCCAUGAAAAGUUUCGCCACAUGAGAGGAUCUGUGCUAGCACGAGUCCUGAAGGCAAACAGUCUAGACGUGCUCAUUAUCUCCGCAGUUGCUACAGUGCAGCUGGUGUGUCAAUUUUCCACCCCAGUCCUCCUUCAAAUGCUUCUACAAGCGAUGCAAGAUACAACCAAGCCCAAGCGCGUACCAUUGACUUACGCAUUCAUUUGGCUCAUAACCCGAUUGAUUGCUGCGCAAUCUCAAGUUCUGAGCCUCUGGUACGGUCGACGCUGCUAUGAAAGAUCUCGAGGUGAAAUGGUCAUGAUGGUUUAUGAGAAAGCAUUAUCAAGAAAGAAUAUUCUCGGGUUAAGAAUCGAGAAAGAUGAUUACCCUUCUGAAGAGGAGGAGCGUGAUGUCCCCAAUCAAGAGACUGAAUCAGCAUCACCAAAGCCUAGUAUUUGGAGCUGUCUCAAACCAAGAAAGCAGAAAGACAAAGCCGUCAAGGCUAAAGAGGCUGCUUCUAUUGGCAAGAUUUUUAAUCUCCUGCGGGGAGAUGUCUAUGAGGUGGCUCAAAGAUUCUGGGAGGUCGAUACCCUGAUUGAUGGACCUGUGGGUUUGUUCAUCGCCAUUAGCCUCGUUUGGUCACUUUUUGGACCAUCAUGCUUCCUUGGAGUCCUGGCUGUUCUGUUGGGCCAAGUCAUCAACGCAGUCAUCACUAGGUACUUGUUCAAAUGGGAAAAGACCAGACGAGCCGCAACAGAUGCUCGACUCCAAAUUACGUCGCAAUUUGUGGAAGCGCUCCGCCAUCUGCGAUGGUAUGGAUGGCAAAAUCACUGGCUGCACCAAGUGAUGGAGGCCCGGCAGCAUGAACUGAAUCUACGCAUCGUCACUAGUCUUUGGAACAUUGUCAUCCGUUUUGUCAAUGCCUUUUCCAGUGGCGUCUUUCCAGUUAUUGCUUUGUACGCCUACACCAGGCUUGCAGGUCAUGAAUUGCGAAUUGACAUAAUCUUUCCAGCGCUUCAGCUUUUCAGUAUGUUGGAGGUCCGCUUGCGCGACUUCCCUAGGCUUAUCACAACCAUGAUAAACGCCUACAUCGCCCUCGGACGAAUUGAAGGUUUCAUGGCGGAACCGAACAAAGAAAGCAUGCCACUUGAUAGCGAAGUGAAUGGCACGAAUUUCGAAAUGCAAUCAUGCUCUUACGCUUGGCCUGGGAAAUUGUCACCGGUGCUCAAUGAUAUAAGCGUGGCGAUUUCCCAAGGUCUGACGGUUGUCGUUGGAAAAGUGGGAGCAGGAAAGACAGCUUUCCUCCAAGCUCUAUUAGGUGAACUCGAUCCACUGAGCGGAAAAUCCUACAUUCCAAACGAGAUGGUGGGUUACUGUGCACAGACACCUUGGUUACAAAGCAUGAGUAUUCGCGACAAUAUUCUUUUUUCCGCCCCCUAUGAGGAGGUACGCUAUAAACAGACUUUGGAGGCAUGUGCUCUUCUUCCAGACCUCUCACAAUUUAAACACGGAGAUCUAACCUUCGUGGGUGAAAACGGAAUCGGUCUUUCUGGCGGGCAGAAAGCACGCGUGGCGCUUGCUCGUGCUGUAUACAGCUCGUCUCGAGUGCUGUUGCUGGAUGAUCCGUUAUCAGCCCUCGACCACAACACCGCCGAGUUCGUCGUCCGGAAGUGCUUAUCUGGUCCCUUAAUGCAUCGACGCACCAUUGUUCUUGUGACGCAUCGGGUUGCACUUGUUCGAGAAAUCGCAGAUCAGAUCAUUGAAAUAGAUGAUGGACGAGCAGCAGUUCAUGACAAAAACUCUAUCGCUGAUUCGAUCAACAAAACUGCCAUCGAGAAUACUAUUCCAUUCCAGGACUCUGAAACAGAGACAGAAGAGGAGCCCAAUGCUGAGAGUCACGCAAAUGCCGUGCCGGACAAAUUCAUCGAAGAGGAGCAUCGUGCAGAGUGGGGCGUUAAAGCCCGUGUCUACUGGACUUAUAUCAAGGCUGGCAAAUAUCGCUGGUGGAUUACUCUCGUCUUGGUCUUGACCAUUUACCGACUCAUCAACGUGGCCCAAUCAUGGUUCCUCAAAGGAUGGGGUGAGGCCUACAACCAGACUGCAACUUCUCCUAAGGAGGACUUCUCUGGCAUCAACCCGAUGGCAACGACAUCGAAUGUUGAUGCAUUCUUCCUCCCUCGAGACCCAAUAGACCGCCUACCAUCACCUCGUGAUGACGUACGUCCAUGGCUAUGGGUUUUCUUUGCUAUUGUCACCUUGCAAGCAGUGGCCCUUCUAGUCGGACAACUCUUGAUGCUGGUUAUCGUCUAUUACGCUGGAAAAUCACUGUUCCGACAGGUAAUGGUUCGAGUCAGCCACGCAACCUUCCGAUUCUAUGAUGUCACCCCCGUUGGUCGACUCAUGAAUCGUCUGACAUCGGACAUUGGUGUGGUAGAUGGUAACAUCAGUGAACAAUUCCAAGUCAUUGCGUUUCAGGCCAUCACCUGGGUCUCUUCGGUGCUAGUAAUUGCUAGUGCUACUCCAACAUUUCUUGUCUUCUCUCUCGCUCUCACCAUCGCCUUUGUAUUGAUCUUUUUGCAUUUCCUCCCAACAUCCCAAAGCCUCAGGAGACUCGAAAUGGUAUCUCUGACUCCACUUCUGUCCAACUUUGGAGAACUACUGCAUGGCUUGACGACGGUCCGUGCUUUUCGUGCAGAAGAGCGAUUUCAAAACCGUGUCAUUUCAGUUGUUGACAAAUUCCAAGGCAUGGACCACUUCUAUUGGUCUCUUCAAGCCUGGCUCAUAAGCCGCUUUGAAGCCCUAUCAGCUUGCUCGACUUUCCUUCUCUCUGCCUUGGCGUUGUACACAAAUACAACACCCGGACUGACGGCAUUUGUGUUGAUAGCGGCGAACAAUUUUGUAGACUCAACGCACCAACUGUGCAAGCAGUACGGUCAGCUACAGAUGGAUUUUGUCUCAGUGGAGCGAGUUGACGAGUUGCUUCACACCGAAGAAGAAGCACCGGGGAUGUUUGAACCCCCAGCUGCAUGGCCCAGAUAUGGCAGUGAUAUCACUUUUGAAAACGUCACCAUCCGGUAUGCACCACACCUGGAUCCCUCUCUGACCGACAUUUCUCUCCGAAUUCCCGGAGGAUCUACCACUGCCAUCGUCGGCCGUACAGGUAGCGGCAAGUCUACACUGGCAGUAUCUCUCCUCAGUGUCAUUAAACCGGAGACUGGCUGUGUCAAGAUAGAUGGCAUCGACAUUGCCAAUGUGAGCACCCAGGCUCUUCGAACCCGAAUCACCUUCGUUGCACAAGACCCGGUUCUUUUCCCUGGGAGCAUUCGCCUUAACCUCGACCCGACUGAGGAAUUUGCAAACGAACAGUGCGCAGAGGUUCUAGAGCGUCUUUGCGGUCGUCAUGGCUGGAAUCUUGAUACGCAUAUUGAAGCAGGUGGUCGAAACCUGAGCCAGGGUCAACGCCAGCUGAUUGCUCUUACUCGAGCUGUACUUCGACGAAGCCCUGUUGUUAUUCUGGACGAGGCCACGGCCUCGAUCGACCACGAAACCUCGCUUGAAAUGCAACAGAUUGUUCGCGAGGAGCUACAAUCAUCUACUGUCAUAACUAUUGCCCAUCGGGUUGAAGCUGUCAAAGAUGCAGACUUUUUUGUGGUCCUGGAUCAGGGUCGAGUAGCUCAGCAAGGCCAAGUCGAAGAAAGAGGAUAA